GUGGCUUCUCACUCCCUCCCCCAACCCUCGUUCUAGGGAUCCUGGCAGUGCUUUUCGAGAUCUUUCAUCUUGUGGAACUCUUGUCAGUUGGGGCCCUGUUUGUUUACUUCCUCGUGACUUUUUCUGUCCUGGUCCUCAGGUACCAGCCAGACCAGAGCUUCAGCAAGAAGGAGAAAGUAGAGGAGGAAAUUGAGAUGGAGCCAAUAGUUCAGUUAAAUCCUUCACAACUGUUUCUGAAGCAUGAACCUCAAACCCUAUAUCGAGACACCUCACCCCCACUCUGAAGUCUGGUCAGAUAGUCUAUGGAGGCACCUUCCUGCUGGUUUUCCUGCUGACCAUCCUGAGCCUGCUUCUGGCCCUGUGGCCCAGCCGCGUGUUCUCUGGAGACCCCGGGUUCACAGCAGGGGCUGUGCUGCUGCUGCUGCUCAUUGCGGGGAUCACCGCCAUCAAUUGGAGGCAGCCCCAGAACCCUUCUCCUCUUCCCUUCAGGGUCCCUGCUCUGCCCGUGCUCCCAGUGCUGAGCAUCUUUGUGAAUGUCUACCUGAUGAUGCAGAUGUCCUCUGUGACCUGGGCCCAGUGUGGCAUCUGGAAUGCCAUGGGUCCAGGAAUUCUCCUUCUGAGGACUCACCCAGAAGAACCGAAGGCACCCUCCAGAAGAAUUCUCUGUACAGCCUUGUUCCUGGCAGUGUUGCUCACGAGAGCUAGAACACGCAGCACCCCCAAAUGCCCACGGACCAACGAAGGGCUGUCGGAGGUCGUGUGUACACACAGCAGUGUGUUGUUCAGCAUUAAGAAGGAAGGGAAUGCUAACACAUGCCGCACCGUGUGUCUACCUUACAGACGUCCUGCUAAGUAAGUGCCCAAGGGCUCCUCCGUAGUAUCUGAAGCAGAAGAACACAGACACCCAGAGAAUGAAAUGACUUCUCCAAGUGCACAGACGUGUUGAUGGAGCCAAGAUUGGAGCCGCCUCAACUAUGUCUGGGAUGCUGGGUCAGCGUGUUGGCCAGUUUGGUGAGAAACUGGUCCGAAAGCGGCCACUGGAGCCCAGGGAGGAGUCUGAGAUUCCCACACUUCAUCCAAACAUCCUCAAUCUAGUGCUUUUUGGUGUGAAUACCCCCAAGGCUCGUAUAUACAUCCUGGCUGGUGCCAUGGCUGUGUCUGUAGCUGGACCUGCGAUCAUCAUCUCCUUCUUGGUCUUUGGCUUAUUUUCCUUGUUGUCUGGAUUCUUCUUUGGCGAAUUGGUGGCUCGGGUACCACGCUCUGGUUCUGUGUAUCUCUACAGCUAUGUGACAAUGGGACAACUGCAUGCCUUCAUUACUGGCUGGAACCUCAUACUGCAUUUAGGCAUCGCCACUGCCUGUGUUACCAGGGCCUGGAGCUACACCUUUGACAGCCUGAUCGGGAACCAUAUCUCGCAGGUGUUAGAGGGAACGUUCUCUGAGCAUGUGCCCUCGUUCCUGUCCCCAUACCCAGACAUUGUUGCGCUGGUGCUAGUGCUGGUGAUGACUGGGCUACUGAUUCUGGGAGUUCAUGACUCAGCCCUGGUUAGCAAAGUGUCUGAAGGAGUCAAUGUUUUGGUUCUCAGCUUCAUGAUACUCUCUGGCUUCAUUAAGGGAGACCUGCACAAUUGGCAGCUCACAGAACAGGACUAUAAACUGGCCGCAUCUGGAUCCAAUGACACCUCUAGCCUGGGCCCUCUGGGUUCUGGAGGGUUUGUGCCCUUUGGCUUUGAAGGGAUUCUCCGAGGAGCAGCAAUGCCUUUCUACUCAUACUUUGGUCUUAAUGCCAUUAUCACUACAGGGAGAGAAACCCCCAACCCUCAGCGUUCCAUCCCUUGGAGCAUAGGGAUCAUUAUCUCCAUCUGCUUUUUGGCCUAUUCUGGUGUCUCAGCAGCUCUCACCCUCAUGGUGCCCUACUACCAGAUUCAUCCUUACAACCCCUUGCCGCAGGCUUUCCACCAUGUUGGGUGGGCUCCUGCCGGAUACUUUGUGGCUGUUGUCAUCCUGUGUGCUCUUUUUUACAGCCUCCUGCUUGUCAUGUUGACCAUGUCUCAGUUGAUUUGUGCAAUGGCAGAGGAUGGGCUCCUUUUCCAGGGACUUGGCCAAAUCUAUGCUCGAAGAGGCACUCCCCUUGUGGCCGUCCUGGUUUCUGCAAUUCUUUCAGGGAUCCUGGCAGUGCUUUUCGAGAUCUUUCAUCUUGUGGAACUCCUGUCAGUUGGGGCCCUGUUUGUUUACUUCCUUGUGACUUUUUCUGUCCUGGUCCUCAGGUACCAGCCAGACCAGAGCUUCAGCAAGAAGGAGAAAGUAGAGGAGGAAAUUGAGAUGGAGCCUAUAGUUGAAGGAAAUCCUUCACCAUCUGUACCUGAAGCAGGAACCUCAAACCCUCUAAAGAGUCUGUGUAACCCUAUCAGCACCACCCCAACUCUGAAAUCUGGCCAGAUUGUCUAUGGAUGUGCCUUCCUCCUGGUUCUCCUGCUGACCAUCCUGAGCCUGCUUCUGGCCCUGUGGCCCAGCCGCGUGUUCUCUGGAGACCCCGGGUUCACAGCAGGGGCUGUGCUGCUGCUGCUGCUCAUUGCGGGGAUCACUGCCAUCAUUUGGAGGCAGCCCCAGAACCCCUCUCCUCUUCCCUUCAGGGUCCCUGCUCUGCCCGUCCUCCCAGUGCUGAGCAUCUUUGUGAAUGUCUACCUGAUGAUGCAGAUGUCCUCUGUGACCUGGGCCCAGUGUGGCAUCUGGAAUGCCCUUGGACUGGCCACAUACUUUGGAUAUGGGAUCCGACACAGCCCGGAGGGGAAGAGGGAUCCACAGCCACCAGCCUCCAGCCUCCAGCUCCCAGACCCUUCAUGAACACACCCCUGGUGCUGAUUCCUCUUAACCACAGGGAAUAGAUGAUGUAUGGUUCUCUCCAAAUACUGCAUGUGUUUUCUUGUUCAAGCAACACUGUGAUCCUCUAUGGGGUAUGAGUGGAUUGCAUUUAGAGCCCUGUUUUCAUUGAGCCCCGUUUUCACUUUAGUAUUGUAUAAUUUUUUUCUUGUUUUUUUUGCCUUUUCUAGGGCCAUUUCCCGCAGCAUAUGGAGGUUCCCAGGCUAGGAGUUGAAUCAGAGCUGUAAUCUCCAGCCUAUGCCAGAACCACAGCAAUGCGGGAUCUGAGCCAUGUCUGCAAACUACACCACAGCUCAUGGCAAUGCCCGAUCCUUAACCCACUGAGCAAGGCUAGGGAUCAACACGGCAACCUCAUGGUUCCUAGUUGGAUUUGUUAGCCACUGGGCCACCUCAGGAAUUCCUAUUCAUGUUUAUUCCUAUUGCCUUGGGAGACAACCUAAUAAAACAUUAGUGUGUUUGAUGUCAGAGAACAUUUUUCCCAGGUUGUCUUCUAGGAGUUUUAUAUUGCUUUGUCUUAUUGUUUAAGUCUUUAAGGUAUUUUGAGUUUCUUCUUGUGCAUGGUAUGAGGGUGUGUUCUAGUGUCAUUAAUUUACAUGCAGCUGUCUAGUUUUCCCUGUACCACUUACUGAAAAGACUGUCUUUACGCCGUUUUAUUGUAUUUUCAAUUGAAAACUGAUUUUUUUUUUUCUUUUUAGAGCCACACCUGCAGCAUAUGGAAGUUCCCAGGGAGAGGUUGAAUCGGAGCUACAACUGCCGGCCUAUGCCACAGCCAGAGCAACUCAGGAUCCGAGGCGUGUCUGAAACCUACACCACAGCUCACGCACCGCCAGAUCCCUGACCCACUGAGUGAGGCCAGGUAUGGAACCCUCAUCUCUCCUGGAUCCCAGUUGGAUCUGUCUCCGCUGAGCCACAACAGGAAUUCCUAGAGCAAGAUGUUGAGUGUUGGGAUAGUGCAGACACAAUACACAGUGGGUCUGUGGGCACUCCUUUUUCCCGUUUUAUAUUCUUGCCUCCUUUGUUGAAGAUCAAUUUACCUUAGGUGUCUGAGGCCCUAAAAAGGAAAAAAAAAAAAAAGGAAAAAUCCCAAUCAUCUUGGAUAACACAGGAUUGUCACAAACCUUCAAUUUGCCAAAAAAAAAAAAAGAAAAGAAAAAAGAAAUGCAGUGUCUUCCAAGCCCAGUAAAGCAAGGUAUGCCUGUACACAUAUAUGUUCAUAUGUUUAUGUGUAAUUAAUAUGCAUAAAAUAGGUACAUGUAGUUUAAGUACUAAAAAGACACGUGUUACUCUUCCCUGUUCAUCUGGAAUUCACUGUCUGGCGGCAUCGUGUGUGUUUCUUUGCUGUGUCUCUCACCCGUCGGUCUCUGUGUAUGCUCUCUGCAUUCUCAUUUCCUCUUAGAGAGACAUUGAGUGCAUUGGGUUAGGGGUUAUCCCAAUGACCUGCUUGUCCUGAAUUCCCCCUCUAAGGGCCUGCCUCCAAAUACAGACACACUCUGAGGUAUGAGGGUUCAGUUUGCAGAACAAAGGACCCUAAAUGCCCAAGUGCCCAGCUGGAUUGGAGGGAAGACAGGAUGAUGGGAAAUCGGGGUGGGGAAAGAAGGGCCUGAGGGACAACUAGGAACAAACACAUGUGGGCAGAACCCAUCCCAGGUUUUGCCUUGAGGAACCACAUCCAAGAGAAAGCGCCUUACACCAAACACGUGAAACUGGCAUGUCAUCACCGCUCUUCUAAAGCUUUGGCCAGCUGCCCUGAGCUGCUUUCCUGUCUGGAUCCCGAACAGUUAUCAGCCCCUUGGGGACAGAAACCCGGGUCUCCACCAUGGCCUGGUGUCAAUUCUGUCACUCGGGAAAGCUCAACCAAUAUUUGCAAGGGAUCGACUCCAUGUAGGAGACUCCUACAAAGGAAGUGGAGGACGCUUAGGACCUGGACUUACUUCAAGCUUACAAGGUUCUUUCUCUCACUUACAGAUGUGACUCUGAAGCUUAGUGACAGCCUCCAUGGGUUGCCCCAUAGAGAGGGGGUCAGUCCGGGCAGUGUACCUCCAGAACCAGAGCCCUUCACUCUACUCUUAAACGACCCUUCCCUUCCUUCCUGUGGAUCUUCCACGCCCUCGUCCAGUGCCUAGACAUCACCUAAUAGCCAGAAGAAGGACAGAAAAACUCCCUGAGGGAUUGUUGGCUUGGAUGAAGAGCUCAGAUUCCUUUCUCACUCAGAACUCCUUCUAGUGGCUGAGAUUAAAACCUUUGCAUGAUAGGAGUUCCCCUUAUGAUGCAGGUAUUAACUACAUUAAAUAUUUUAAAAUUAAAAAUAAAAUGCAAUACCACUAGACAUGCUCCAGAAGAGCUAGAAUGAAAACGAUGGGGG